CUUUCUUCAACCCCGUGGCUUUAUGAAAGCCGAUACGGGGGCAGUAUCCGCACGUCCAGGAGGUGUUUCAAAACGCUUCUGAGGUAUUAUAUAUAGUCCAGGAGUAGGAGCUGGUUUUUGAGGAGUCAGACUUACCUCACCGGGCUUUUUGUGAGUGAGCUGCUUCCCGACUGGUCGUCUCCAGCUCCUCCGCUAGCGAUAACAACACAAGCCACGGGGACGAGCCAGCGGACGUAACGCUAGCCAAGAGGGGAAGUGGGCUCCGUCUUCUCUUUCAUCGGGCAGAUGCUCCCAGCCGCCCAGCUUGACAGGAGUGAUGGGAUGUGUCAACUAGGAGAGGAACUCCUUGAUGAUGAUGAUGAUAUUGGACUGAGGGAUCCGUCUGCAGUGUUCACACCAGAGCAGAGGGGUACAGGAGGGACCGAGGCAGAGGAGGAGGAGGAAGACAUCGACGAAGAAAAGAUGGGAGUGGGGAAGAACACCACCGCUAAUUCGAUGGACAGCGAAGGUGGAAAAUAUGAAGAGGAAGCCAAACAUGGAGCCGAUUUUUAUCCUAUUCCGGUUGUGGUAAACGGAGUUGGCGGAGCCACCGGAGAUCAGGACACGGAGAACACCGAGCUGAUGGCAAUCUACACCAAGGAUAAUCAAGCAGCAGAGAAGAGCUCGAUUUCAGAGACACUCGACAGCACAGACAGCAUGGAUGCAAGGAGGAUGGACAUGAUCUAUACCAUUGAAGACACCCCACCCUGGUACCUGUGUGUGUUCUUAGGCUUACAGCACUACCUGACGUGUUUCAGCGGGACCAUCGCCGUCCCGUUCCUUCUCGCAGAGGCCAUGUGCGUCGGCUUCGAUCAGUGGGCCACCAGUCAGCUCAUCGGAACCAUCUUCUUCUGUGUCGGCAUCACCACCCUGCUUCAAACGACGCUGGGCUGCAGGUUGCCUUUGUUCCAGGCGAGUGCAUUUGCUUUCCUUGCACCAGCCAGAGCCAUUCUGUCUUUAGAGAAAUGGAAAUGUAACAGCACAGCAGAGCAUCCGUUCCUGAAUGGGACAGAACUUCUCAACACCGAGGACAUCUGGCACCCCAGGAUACGCGAGAUCCAGGGUGCGAUCAUUGUGUCUUCUAUGAUCGAAGUCUGCAUCGGAGCUCUGGGUUUGCCUGGGAUGCUGCUGAAGUACAUCGGGCCCCUAACCAUCACGCCCACCGUGGCCCUCAUCGGGCUCUCAGGCUUCCAGGCUGCUGGCGAGAGGGCUGGAAAACACUGGGGCAUCGCCAUCCUGACUAUAUUUUUGGUGCUGCUCUUCUCUCAAUACGCUCGAAACGUUCACUUCCCCCUGCCAAUCUACAAAGCCAAGAAAGGCUGGACGUCCUACAGGCUGCAGGUUUUCAAAAUGUUCCCGAUCAUUAUGGCUAUUUUGGUGUCAUGGCUGCUGUGCUUCAUUUUUACGGUGACUGACGUUUUCCCGCCGGAGGAGAACAAGUACGGUUUCUACGCCCGCACUGAUGCACGUCAGGGAAUCCUGAAAGCUGCGCCGUGGUUCAAGAUCCCCUAUCCCUUCCAGUGGGGGACUCCCACCGUCACGGCUGCAGGUGUGAUCGGCAUGAUGAGCGCCGUGGUGGCCAGCAUCAUCGAGUCGAUCGGCGACUACUACGCUUGCGCUCGCCUCUCCUGCGCUCCUCCACCUCCGGUCCACGCCAUCAAUCGGGGAAUAUUUGUAGAAGGCAUUUCCUGUGUGCUGGACGGCGUUUUUGGGACAGGAAAUGGAUCCACCUCCUCCAGUCCGAAUAUCGGUGUCCUGGGAAUUACAAAGGUGGGCAGCAGACGUGUGAUCCAGUACGGUGCCGCCAUGAUGCUGCUGCUGGGGCUUGUGGGUAAAUUCAGUGCCCUGUUUGCCUCUCUGCCCGACCCGGUCCUGGGCGCUCUGUUCUGCACGCUGUUUGGGAUGAUCACAGCGGUGGGACUCUCCAACCUUCAGUUUGUCGACCUCAACUCGUCCAGGAACCUCUUCGUCUUGGGCUUCUCCAUCUUCUUCGGUCUGAUGCUGCCCAGCUACCUGAAACAGAACCCGCUGGUCACCGGCAUAGUUGAAGUCGACCAAGUGCUCAACGUGCUGCUCACCACUGCUAUGUUUGUUGGAGGUUGUGUUGCCUUUAUUUUGGACAAUACUAUACCUGGUUCCCUGGAGGAACGCGGCAUCAGGAAGCUGAAACGAGGAACCGGCCUCAACGUCACCGAACUCGAAGGCAUGAGAUCCUACGAUCUGCCGUUUGGAAUGGCCUUCUUCCGCAGACACGACAUCUUCAAGUACAUCCCCAUCAGCCCCGUGUUCACCGGCUACCGCUGGGCGCGGCUUCAGGAGGGCGGCAGGUGUCGGAUGGGACACGGGGACGUGGGGAAGCGGGGCGGGGCCGGCGCCGAGGGUGGCAACGCGCCUGGGGAAAGUCGGGUAUAGCCCUCGUCCAGGGAGGGAUCUUAGAUUUUUAGGGAGCGAGGGAUGGUACACUAAGGUGAAAUGAUGGGAGCACAGACAGAAGCUGAGCAGGAUUGUGUGGAAGGAAAAAAACGUUGCACCAACUUCCCCAUCGGUAUCUGUUUUUCUUCGACUUGUCUGUGUCUGUCCCCACUUCCCUCUAUGCUAUUUUCAAGCAUGCUGUAGCAAGUCACGGCAUGCGUUAUAAAGAUGUCACCAUGCAGAGGUCAGUCAGUCAGUCUGUGUGUGUGUGUGGAAGGAUAAAACAAGCUUCUUUCCAGAAGGAGACUAAUGGACAUCAAAACAGAGCCUGUGUCUCCUAACUGCUGCUAAUUUACUCUCCCUGAAUCCGCUCAUAAGAGACCUUCUACUAAAAGCACAGCAGGGUGGAUAAUGUUGCCUCUAAACUUUGUUAUGCAACCACAUUAGUCACACACACACAGACGGCCUCGGUAGAAGUAGUUUGAGCGCUACGAUGCACGAUGUGGGGUCAUGCAGACUGAUAGAAGUAGUUUGUCAGGUGCCCUUAGCCAUGCAAAGUGAUUGUGAGAUUUAUUUUUAUUUUUUUUGCACUAUCUGCCUCCUGAUUUUAAUACUAGAAUGUCAUUUUAAAGCCGAGUCGUUUUCUUUAUUAAUUUAGCAACGCAUCACAUACCCUUUUUUGUCUUUAGAUAUAUUGAGGAUAAAUCCAAAACAUUUAGGCGAAAUUAUCACUGUUGGUACCGGUUUUCGUCUCCUUACCAUGUCAGUAUUAUGCAGAAGAAACUGACAGUCACACCGACUUUAUGGAGUUGAAUUAGUGACUCUAAACAGAGUUUGGUUACAUUUAUUUGUUUUACGUGUCAACCUGACAUUUUCAAAAGCUCUGACGAUGCACACGGCAGCAGACGCAUGGCCUUGUGGUGCAACCUUCAUGUAGCGUAUUCAGUAGCGGGUUAACUGAAUGCUCCACAGGCGCCUCACAUUCCUGAUCCUAGGUCUGGGUUUGGUCACUUAUUCUUGUUUUUUCUUUUUUUAGUAGCAAGGUGCUGCUGUUUUAAGUUUACUUCCCUGAAUCAGAUCCUGACUUCCUGUUGUUCUCAUUACUACGGCGCCUCCUAGGAGACAUGGGGGAUUUUUUAAAUGUUUUUUAUUUUGCAUUAGUAUUGUACUCCUUCGCAAUAGAUUACAGUCACAGUUAUAACAAAUAUCAAUUUAAAAUUACACACAAAUAUGCUUAAAGAGUCUCAGUGAAAACGUUUUAUAUAUUUUUAACUCUUUGGUGCAGAAAAUUGUUUUAAAAUCAACCUAACUGUUUAUUUUUGUUUGCGUAAUAUCUUUCAGUGGAUAUGAAAAGUGCACAUGAAAUCGACCUUUUAUUAACCAUUUUAAAACACACAACCUAAACUUGUGUGAUGGCAAUAUAACUCAUUGAAAAUAAUAGUUUGGAUAUGUCUUUAAUUUCUUCCAUUCAAGUAUCUCUUUAGGUUUUAAAUAGGGAUAGAAAUCCCAUGUUUGACUUGCUUGUGGUGCAUUUGUAUCCCAAAGAUGUAAAACUUCAGAUAUCUCACAAAUGAGAUAUUGCAUAUGAAAGCCUUACAAAAACCUUAUGUUGUAGCAGAAAGACCCCGAUUAUUCAAAAUGCUGCAUGAGCUGACUACUAAAUACAUUAUUGUGAGAGAAUACAAUAGUUCUGCAAGAAAACUCCAAAUAAAACUAUUUCUCCAUGUCUCUUAGGGGCUCCGUACAUUAAAUACUUUAAAUCUUUCAUGAUUUUUCACAUGAAAACCAGAAACUUUAAUGGUUUUAUGUGAUGGAAUACCACAGAUUAGGGCUUAAUUCGGAGUUUGAUUAAUGUUUUUAAGAAUAAAAACCUGAAAAGUGUGGCUUCUUCAAUAUUCACCACCUCUGAUUCAACACUUUCAAAGCCACCAAUUGGAGCUGCAGGUUUUUUGCCAAAUUCUGCUUUGCUGGAUGGCUAAAGGUCAGAUUGGAUGGAAAUUAACAAUGAACUCCACAUUUUUCUGGCUUUUAUUGUUUGUAUUAAAUAAAUUGAAAUUUAAGUGGUGUGAACGGCUUUGUGCUGUUCAGAGAUUUCCCUUCAGUUACAAAAUAUGAUUCCCUGCUGAGAGUUUAUUAAACCAAAAUUUAUAUUUUUGCUUCUUUUUGUUGUUUUCAAUUUUCCUGUUACAGAAAACCAAAACUUUAAAAGUUUUAGCAUUUGUUACUACUGAGAUCCUUCGGCACUUCUUUCUCUUAUUAUGGCAGUUUUUUUAUUUAUUUAGGUGAUAUUUUGCAGAUUAUCGUUUUUUACCGUAUCUGAGUUUACAUCCCCUGAUCCGAUACUCUCCGGCUCCAGCACCUUUUUUGUUUUUAGCAGUUUUUAUCGUCAGAUUUAUUUUGCUUCUAUUCCAUUCCAUUUAUAGCUGCUUGGAUUUUAAGCCAGGAAAAUGAAACAUUCAGAAGUUUUUCAAUUUUAAGAGCCGGGGCCUUUUUAUUAUUUUUUAUUUUUGUUUCUUUUUACUGCAAGUGCUUGCACAUAAAGGGUGCCAACAACACCGGGGUCCAAAUAGGCAACUCCCACUAACCUGGACUUUAAAAUGUCCUCCAUCAGUAGGUGUUGAAAUGUUUUAUUAAAUGAGCUGAACACGAGUCGCUGAAUGUCUUCAAAGGGCCUUUUUUAUUUAUUGAUGGUAGGAUCUGAUUAUAGAUUCUGUCCUGUAGUGACUUCACUGAUUUCACUUUUAAAAGUUGUUCUUCCAUUUUAUCCAGAAGUGAUUCAAUUUCUUAAAGACUUUAAUGCUAACAUAAAACACAUCUGCACAGACUCUUACGUGUGUUCGAUUCUUGCUUGGAUGAGUUCUUCUAAAGACACUCAAAACAAAACGUAUUGAAGUGACUCAAAUGGGAUUUUUAUCUUUGCGAAAUUUUAUUUAUUUUUUUUUUUGCCGUGGUCGUUCACACUUCCAAAUAUAUGCUAUACCUAUACGUGCUCACCAAUGUGAACUGCAAACAACCUGAAAGUGUCCCGUAUGCGCAGUAGAGGGCUCAAUAACGUCACACAGAGAGCGUGCUCAUUGUUUUGUUAACCGCCAUAAAGAAGAAGAAGAAGCAGCUGCUCAUUGUUUGCGGAAGUAAACAUGGACGCUAACAGUGUAGCAUGUCUUGCGAUUUGAAGUUAUUGUCCGAUUGGAGCAGCGUAUUAACAAGGUAAUCCUCAUUACCAUCCGCCAUGAUUGUUGUUUUCCUUCCCGCUUGCACGUAUCAGGACACAGAAUAGUGACGUUUGUCGAGCAUCAAUGAUGUUCAGGUCGGAUGAAUGCGACUUUACCGUACAGAUUCAGGACACAUUUGAAAAGAUCAGAUGCGUAUCAGAUAUCCAAGUGGCCUGGGACGCAUUCGAAAAAAAUCUGACCGUCAUGAAAGGUCGACAGGUCGCGUUAAAGCAAAGAUUUCGUCCCUUUGAGCUGCAGUGUGAAUGUAGUCUCAUUUAUCUGAUGAUGUGCCGCCAUGUUUUUUUUUUGUUUUUUUUUAAGAUUUUAUUGGCUCUAGGGCCUUUACUUGACAGUGAAUUGACAGGAAAGAGGGUAAUGAGAGAAGGGGGAAGACACGCGGCAAAGGUCACCAGGCCGGGAAUCGAACCCGCGACAGCCGCAUCGAGGACUAAGGCCUCCACACGUGGGCCGCGCUUAACCCCUGCGCCACCACAGCGCCGCCAUGUUUGAACUAAACAUUAGGUUAGAUGGGAUCUGAUUAUCAUCCUGGAUAAGAUGGAAGAAACAAGACAAAAGCUGACCAUCGUCUCCGUUUAGAGAAUUUUAAAACAAGCAAACCAUCAGUGACAACCAGUUUGUUAUUCGCCCACCAGCUGGUGGUGAGAAAGUAGAGAUCAGAGCAGAGAUUGAUUUGGUGUUUUACGUCUCCUUUUCGCAGUGAGCUCCUCAUAACCUUCACACCGUCUUUCACCGUUUCCCAAAAUGCACCUUGCACAUCUCCCGUCAUGUUGUCCCUCAUUGUCUCCGUGUCCCUCGCCAGUCCCGCAGAGAAACUGAAUUCAGUCCCGUCGUGUUUGGUGUACCUGGUUUUCUAUCCUGGGGAUCCUCACUGUUCAUGUUUCUGGCUGCAGGACGAGACACCUGCUGGUCACCUUGGUAAGAGCCGGCUGCUUACGGGCAGCUGAGUGAACCUGCCUUAUCUCUGAAGGACCCCUUUAGUUGGUCUCUGUGCCUAAAAGCAGCUUCCUUUUUCACCUUUGGCUCCCAACUUUCAAGUUUUUCUCCUCGUUUCUGUCUGAUAUUCAGAGUCCGAUUACAUGUAGUUGUUACAGAAGCAGCCCAGUUAGAGUAAAAGCCGCCGGCGUUCUGGUUAAAGUCCAUUCAAGUCAAAUGCUGGCUCUUAAAAAGGUCACCACAAGGUGACAGACACUGAUCCCUUUCAGUUAUUUUGAAGGGGGCUCUGCCUGAAGAUUAUACUUCUGUGUAAAGUGUUUUAUCUUUUUCAAUGUCUGUUUUUUAUACAUCAUUUUUAUGUUUUUGCAAACAGGUAUUUGUAAAGAUGAAAAAAAAUCCAAACUUUUAAUCGUAAAUCAUGCUGCAACGCACACCGUCUUGUACAUUUUAUUUAAAACGUCAACACAUUUAAAGCUGUUUGUAAUCUGUGGUUUUGGUGAAACCCUUUUGUCUGUUUAGGACUUUUUUCAUACUGUAUUUUUUCUACUCUUUGAACAUUGCUUUCUGCUCACCAGUAUAAAUCAAAGAACAAGCUGAGAAACUUUAGACAUAAAGACAAAACAGAAACAUGUAUAUUUGAUGUUUGCUGAACAGUCUGGACGAGAAAUUGUGUAAACUAAUUGUAACAUAAAAAUGAUUUAUUUGUUCCUAAAACUAUUUAAUAAGAUGUUGCAGAAUAAA